UCGGAAGAUAAUUAUAUAACCCUGUGUCUUAACAACCGGUCACAAACUGUUCAUACCCGACAGAUUUUGAUUGACAGCCUCCCUGCGAGCCUCUGUAUAAGAGGAGGGAGGUGGGCGCUUCAGUCACUGUAGUGCCUCGGGUCCUCCAGACUGUGGAUGUAGAGAACCAAAGUGGACUUUUACGCUUUUUACGCACGGGGUUUACAGGAGAAAACAGCUUCUCAUUCAUUUAAUUCUCGCCUCAGAUCUUGAAAUAGGUUAUUUUUCGCUACUUUUCUUGUCGCUGGAUAUCGGUUUGACUUUUAAAAUAUAGUAAAUUCGUCAGGAGAUAUGAUACUCAGGAGAAGUCUCUUCUUGUUGCUCUUAUCAUUUAAUUUUCUUCAAGGAUUACCUCAGGAUGGCGAGCAGGAGGACGAGACAUCCUUUGAUUUGUUUGAAAUCAGUCACAUCACUCGCAAGACUCUGGGGGCCAAACAGUUUCGGGGCCCAAACUCAGAUGCCCCUGCCUACCGCUUCAUCCGCUUCGACCACCUGCCCCCAGUCAGCCCCCCCAUACUAAAACAAAUGCUACGGCAGAUCCAAAACAAUGAGGGCUUUGUGUUUGUGGCCAGCAUCCGCCAGGACCGCGCCUCGCGGGGCACCCUAAUCGGUCUGGAGGGCCCCGAUGGCCGGCGGCAGUUUGAGAUCGUGUCCAACGGACGUGCCAACACUCUGGACCUGGUGUACUGGGUGGACGGCUCGCAGAACGUGGUUUCAUUUGAGGAUGUGGACCUGUCUGACUCACAGUGGAAGAAUAUCACGCUUCACGUUCACGGGGAGAACGCAAACCUGUUUGUGGGCUGCAGCCUGAUUGACAGCUUCAUCCUGGACGAGCCUUUCUACGAGCACCUGAAGGCUGAGGGAAGCCGCAUGUACGUCGCAAAGGGAUCCAUUCGGGAGAACCACUUCAGGGGUCUUCUUCAGAAUGUGCGCUUCAUCUUUGACACCUCCAUGGAAGACAUCCUCGUGAGCAGAGACUGUGAAGUCACAAAGCAAGACGACGCCAACAUUGUGACCGAGAGCUCGGAAACCGUGGAUGUAAGUCCCUCCAUCACGACAAACAUCAUAGGCCAGAAGACAGACGACAUGGGAGCAGAAAUGUGUGAACGCUCCUGCGAGGAACUUAGCACCAUGUUCCAGGAGCUCAAAGGCCUUCGUGUGGUCGUCAGUAACCUCAUUGAUGGCUUGCAAAAAGUGACGGAGGAGAACACGAUCAUGAAGGAGGCCCUUGGGAGGAUGAAGGACUCUAAAGAGAAAAACAUGUGCUGGCAGGAUGGCCGCCUCUUCGACGAUAAGGAGGAUUGGGUUGUAGACAGCUGCACCAAAUGUACCUGCCAGGAGUCCAAGAUUGUGUGUCACCAAAUCACGUGCCCCCCGGUGGCCUGUGCCAGCCCCACCUUCAUUGAUGGCGAGUGUUGCCCUGUGUGCAUCUCUGACAGCGAGGAUGGCUGGUCCCCGUGGUCCGAGUGGACAGAGUGCACGGUAACCUGUGGGAUAGGAACUCAACAGAGAGGUCGGUCAUGUGACGCAACCAGCAACCCCUGUGUCGGUGCUUCUAUCCAGACCCGCAAGUGCAGCCUGGGCAAAUGUGAUAGCCGUGUCCGGCAGGAUGGAGGGUGGAGCUUGUGGUCGCCGUGGUCGUCCUGCUCGGUGACAUGUGGAGAAGGACAGAUCACCAGAAUACGACACUGCAACGCUCCCGUGCCUCAGCUGGGGGGCAAAGACUGUGAGGGAAGUGGGAGGGAGACUCAGCGCUGCACUGCCCAGCCGUGUCCCAUCGAUGGUGGUUGGGGACCGUGGUCUCCAUGGGCAACCUGUUCAGCAACAUGCGGAGGUGGGAUCAAAAGUCGCUCGCGUGAGUGCAACAGCCCUGAACCUCAGUAUGGUGGCAGGAAGUGUAUUGGGGAAGCCAACGACAGUGACAUCUGCAACAAGAAAGACUGUCCUAUUGAUGGCUGUUUGUCUAACCCAUGCUUUGGGGGAGUGGACUGCAGCAGCGCUCCAGAUGGAUCCUGGGAGUGCGGCCCAUGCCCUGCUGGUUUUCGCGGAAACGGUACCCACUGUGAAGACAUUAAUGAGUGUGACAUGGUGUCUGACGUUUGCUACAAAGUGAGUGGAACGCAGCGCUGCAUCAACACCGAUCCAGGUUUCCACUGCCUGCCCUGUCCAAAGCGUUACAAGGGCACCCAACCGUUUGGCAUGGGCGUGGAGGCUGCCAAGAAGAACAAACAAGUUUGUGAGCCAGAGAACCCAUGCAAAGACAAGACCCACAACUGUCACAAAUAUGCCGAAUGCAUCUACAUCAGCCACUUCAGCGACCCGAUGUACAAGUGUGAAUGUCGGACCGGUUACGCUGGAGACGGCUUCAUUUGUGGUGAAGACUCCGACUUGGAUGGGUGGCCUAAUCAGAACCUCGUGUGCGGCGCCAACGCUACUUAUCACUGCAAGAAGGAUAACUGCCCUAGCCUCCCCAACUCUGGACAAGAAGACUUUGACAAAGACGGCCAGGGAGAUGCUUGUGACAAGGACGACGAUAAUGACGGAAUUCUGGACGAAAGGGACAACUGCCCCCUCCUCUACAACCCACGCCAGUUUGACUUUGACAAGGAUGAUGUGGGCGACCGCUGUGACAACUGUCCCUAUGAACACAACCCUGCUCAGAUAGACACUGACCACAACGGAGAAGGAGACGCCUGCGCCAUCGACAUUGAUGGAGAUGGAAUUCUGAAUGAGAGUGACAACUGCCCCUACGUGUACAACACUGACCAGAAGGACACUGACAUGGACGGAGUGGGUGACCAGUGUGACAACUGUCCUUUGCUGCACAACCCGGACCAGACGGAUGUAGACAAUGACUUGGUGGGAGAUCAGUGCGACAACAACCAGGACAUUGACGAAGACGGUCAUCAGAACAAUCUGGACAACUGUCCCUACGUGGCCAACGCCAACCAGGCUGACCACGACAAAGACGGCAAAGGAGACGCGUGCGACUACGACGAUGAUGAUGAUGGCAUACCUGAUGACAAGGACAACUGCAGACUGACGCCCAACCCAGACCAGCUGGACUCUGAUGGUGAUGGAAGAGGGGAUGCCUGCAAAGAUGACUUUGACAAUGACAGCAUCCCAGAUAUUCUCGAUGUGUGCCCGGAAAACAAUGCCAUCAGUGUGACAGACUUCAGGAAGUUCCAGAUGGUCCACUUGGAUCCCAAGGGAACCACUCAAAUUGAUCCCAACUGGGUGGUCAGACACCAGGGCAAAGAGCUGGUCCAGACUGCCAACUCCGACCCGGGCAUCGCAGUCGGUUUUGACGAGUUCAAUGCUGUGGACUUCAGUGGAACCAUGUACGUGAACACAGACAGGGAUGAUGACUACGCAGGCUUCGUGUUCGGCUACCAGUCAAGCGGGCGCUUUUACGUAGUGAUGUGGAAACAGAUCACACAGACUUACUGGGAGGACAAGCCCUCAAAGGCCUUUGGUAUCUCUGGUGUUUCGCUCAAAGUUGUCAACUCAACCACAGGCACUGGAGAAAACCUCAGGAAUGCUUUGUGGCACACGGGCAACACUCCAGGACAGGUGCGUACUCUGUGGCACGACCCCAAAAACAUUGGUUGGAAGGAUUACACAGCCUACAGGUGGCAUCUCAUUCAUAGACCUAAGACUGGGUUUAUCAGGGUUGUGGUCUAUGAAGGUAAACAGAUCAUGGCCGACUCAGGACCAGUUUACGACAAGACAUUUGCCGGAGGAAGGUUAGGCUUGUUCGUGUUCUCACAAGAGUUGGUGUUCUUCUCCGACCUCAAAUAUGAGUGCAGAGAUAAACCGGAGUUUCCAACAGUGUUCAUAAGAUAACUGAAUCAAGUCGGGUACAAAGCCAUCGGAAGGCAAAAGACGAGAACCUCUCAGAUUAAACACCAUCGCUGAAUCCUGUUUCGGCGUAAACGAGACUUUUCAUUUUCCCACGUUUUUUUUGCCUUGAUCCAUCCACUGGAGGAGAAACCACGGCAGAUUGUGACUUAUACACAUUUCCCAAGCUGAGAAAAUAAAAACUGAUGGUUUGAAGGUUUUUUAAAAAAAAACCUCUGCAGAAUAUCUAAUUAUACCUAGUGUACCUAUUCUACAUUUUUUUUUUAAAUUCAUUGUACAACCACUUACAUGAUGUGUGUGAUUUCCUGCAGUUUCCUACUUGCUACGACUUGUAAGUGACCCAGUUGUUUUGCCUUUAACCCUCUGUCCGGCCGAACAACUGAGCAUACGGUGUCUUACAAACAUAAACUGUAACCAAAGCAUAAUCAUUUAGCUGUCUCAAGUCCAUUACUAUCUCUCAUCAUUCUCUUCAUCCUGUUGUUUAAACGGAGAACUCGAGUGAUUUCAACAGUGCCAAAGAUGUUUAUACUAAGUUUGUACUGUAAUUGCUUUUGUAAAUUAUUUAUGCUCUGCUCAUUUUGUUGGUUUCCAAUUUUUUUUAUAUUUUCUUUUUUUUGCUUGCUUGUAAAUAAUUAUUUAUUUGUUGACACUGACAAAACCUAUAAUUCGACAUCACAAAUGUCAAGAAAACUCAUUACAGUGCCGUGGAACUUCCAGUGUUGUCGUGCACUUGCUUUUACUUGUCGGUUUUUCAAAUAUCGCAGAUUAGAAACUGUGGCGUUCAGCUGCUUUUUUAAAUAAUCAUCUACAAAAACAAAGCAGAUGUUUAUGUAGUCCCUGCCAGACAACAUUAAUGCUGGUAGUUUAUUUACUUAGCUUUCCUCAAAGUGAUACUUCACUUUGUUACGUUGGAAUAUUUCUCAUUUCACGUUAUAUAGCAGCUUUUUAAGUGGCCCAUCUCAAAAGAAAAAACUAAACAAAACAAAUUGCUGCAAAUUGAGCUUCUGGCCCCACAGCAAGCACCUUUUUCUCACUUAAUACUAAAACACAUCAAUAAAGACGGGGAGUAACAUCUGUUAAAAAGGGAGUGAAAGAGGCAGAAGUGCAUUUUAAAUACCAGAUGCUUAGAAAACCUAAUAUUCUGUAGUGUUCAUCUUCACCCGGAUCCGAGGUUCAACAGUACGACGUGCAGCAUGGCCAUGAAGAUCAAAUGCAGUGAAAAUAAUUGUACACGAGUAACUUUUUCAUUCAUAUGUUAGUCACAGAUGACGCUUUAUCAUGCCGGUUUGACGAGGAAUCCAAACAAAGUUCUCUAAAAACAAAGUGUGACUGUGUGACUGUAUAGUGUGGAUCGAGGACGUGUCGGUGUGCAGUUUGGUUGUCGGUAAUCUGUACAGUGUUCUUCCGUUGUUUGGUUUCCAUCUUGCUCUUUUUGUUGAGAGUUUGCAAUGCACAAAAUGUAAAUGUGUUUUUUUUAUUGUAUACUUGUGUUGUUAGAUAUACAUUUUCUACAAACUUUAGUGUAAGAUUGUUCUAUUUCAUAAAUAAAACACUUGUACACCAAUUUGCUGGUUUACGUAUAUGCAGACUGA